AUGCUUUCACUGCUUGCCAGAAUCUUGAGACAUCCUGACAUCCUGAGAGCAGAAAAAGGAGUGUAUUCUCAUGAGGAGAACGUCUCCCGAACUGCACAUCAGGAAAUGUCGAGAAGUAGACCAUCUCGUGUAGGUGUGUCAAGUGCAGCAGGCUUCCUCGAGAGCCAACUCUUACGAGCAAUCCGAAACGCUCACGAGCAUUUCAAGUCUUGUGCAGCAUGUGCCCAGCAACAUGCCACUUUUGUGUCCAACGAGACACUUCAUUGUGGCUGUGCUUUUAGCCCUUCCACUGCACUUGAGGAAAAAACUGCCGAGGUCAUGCAAUUUGUGCACAUAGUUGUUGAUUCCAAUUUCAGUCGGUGUUUGCAUCAGGUUGCUUAUAAGCGGAGUGAUGUGCUUACAUGCAAAUGCUUCAUGACAAUAUAA